AUGACUCAUCCACGUCAACCCAGUACCUUUCAUCACGAAUCAUGGUCUACACCAUGGCGGUCGUCGUCAUCCGAAUUUCUGCCCGAAGAAACCCUCAGCCAGCGAACAGCCCGACAAGAAGCAAAGCCAGAGUGGAAGUCCGCCCCGGAAUUUCUCAAGUGUCAAUGCCUUCGUGAGUUUCAUGGCUGGCCAUGGGGCUGGACCAUCUAUCGCACUGCUUAUGCUACCAUAUCUGAGGAGGACUGGGCACGAGCCAUUGAAACGCUCGACCAGGCCUGUCUGGCUGGUCUGGCAGAUAAAGAGGGGGAAUGGACCUGGCUAGGGUGUACGCUUAUUGAACUUGUCCGAGAAGGCUAUCGAAAUGUGAUCUUUGAAGAUCCCGCCUUAGAAGGGGCGUCAGAAGCCGUGGUUCGAAGUCGGCAUCGAGCGUGGCUUGAAACCCGAGGUCUCUAUGCUAGUGGUGCCUGUCCUCGAUUUCAUUACCCUCUAGUGUUGGAUGAUCGCUGUGUGAGGUCGAUCCUGGCUAGCGCGGAGCCUCGAGUCCCAGACAUUGCUCAAUGGGAGCUAGGGUCGCCGUUCGUUAUAUAUGAGCCCGGCGCAAUGGUCGGCUAUGUCAAUGUCGUGGACGCUACUUUUAUCUACUCAGAUUCUAAAGAUGAAGCAGAAUCUGAUAAUGAAAAUUACUACCGUGGCAUGGUCCGUGUUCAUCUAGAUUGUCUGUUCAAAUUCGCGGAUAGUUGCCAAUAUAUUGAGGACAGAGAUGUGGUUUGGGAUGAUUGGGGCAUGGAAUCACCUUUGGAUAUCAUUUUUACAGACGGCCCGUCAGCGAGAAGUCAACCCAAGGAUAUGUUUCUGUUUUCUCCGGAUCAGGAAGUGGAAAGAACAACAAGUAUCACUGAGCGUGAAUACAUUGAACGCCAGUGA